CUUCACCGCAAAGCUAAGGAUAGACACUCCCACGUUUCUUGUCUUGCCCAGGCACUACGUAGCCCACCGUCCUCUCUCUCGUACCGGCCAGGGCUCGAUGCUGUAGAUAUUUAGACCGACACGUCGUCCGCCCCAAGACGUCUCUGGCCUGGCAGUCUGAAUAUCUACCUUGCCAAGCCGAAAGCUCUUAUCUUUCCAUGUAAACAGUGAGCAUCAUCAGUCUGACCAAGUCCCGAUUGCGAUUGCGCUUACGAUCGAGUUCUGCCCGUCCUCCCUUGACGGCCAUCCUCCCACCUACUUAGCUUUCUGGCUCUCGGCCUCUCUUUUCCCAUCUCACAAUAACACCCUCACCACUCCUUAACCUCCAGACUGAUCGCCGCGGACCCUCGAGGUUUACGGCCGUCGCGUAAUACCUCGUCUCUGCUCCCACGAUUCCACCCUUCGCGCGCGUUCGCCGUAACAUGCUCCAGGACGUCGAGGACGCCUACACGCUUUACCAGAAUUCGGUCACCAAUCUCCUCCAUCUUCUGUCUAAUCCUCUCAUCCUCGCCCACACAGCUCCUCACCUCUCCGCUUAUGACCGUCUGAGUCUUGCCUCCACGAGCCGAGCAUUCCGAGAACUGAUCAAACACACCUCUGGCGUAUUCCGCCAUCUUGAUCUGACCCACGUACGCGCGGCGCAGUUUGAAAUCGACGGCAUUGAUCGCGGUGGUGAAGUCUGGCGCAAUGUCCAACUUGAUGAGAAUCUGACCGAAGAUGAUUUUUACUCCGGUCCGCUGAGAGGCAUCUUCUCAGGCAUCCGCCGACAGAACAUACUUCAAGAUGUCCAGACGCUGAUCUUAGACGGCUUGUCCGUGACGGCUGAGCUCUGCCACGAAAUCAUUCUCGACCCCUCCUACAGUGUGCGACUCUUAUCCAUUCGCGGCGUCAAGAACCUGAACGAGCGAAAGCUGUGCGCAUCUCUUCAGUAUGCCUGCAGACCGUCGCGGCCAGAGGGUAUGCCCCGGCUGAAGAGUCUCUACGUUUUCGGUGCCAAGGACACUCCGCUGCCCUCGUUAGCAGCACCCGGUGUAUCCUCUGGCACCGCCUCGCACGCAGCGCAGAUCAGCGCAGGGUGGAAUGCCAAGUCGCAGCAGGCGUUGACAUCAUCGCUUCGAAGCGAGGAAGAGGACUGGUAUCAUAGGAAAGGCCGCAUCAUCGCACGCCCGCUGGUCGAGGAGUGGGCCAACACUCUGGUUGACUGCCACGGCAUCAUUGCCUUUGAUGCAGUUGCUUGCACCGGGCCUCACCAUAUGAACUCGCCUGCUUACGGCAAGGUAAGAACCCCGGCCUCAGCCCGGCACUGGGCCGUGGCGACAGUCGCCCUGGGCGGCUGUGCCAGUUGCGGUGCUGCACCCGAAGGCAUGUCAGUCCAUGGCGGGACUCCGGCGAUUCAACGUCCUCUCCUGUCCCCUCCGCCUCUCCUAGCAUCGUCAGUCAAGGCCGCAACGGCACCGCAGCUCUGCACCGGAUCGAAAACGUCCUUCGUCGCUCGAUGCAUCGACUGCCUGCGAGAGAGAUACUGCGCGGGCUGCAACAAGUGGUGGUGCGAGGAAUGUUACCAGACACCCAGCGCCGUGACCGAGCUGGCCGACACCGAUGUGAUCGUCGUCGACGCCGAGGGCGGUGCUUGGGUCCAGCACCAAGAGCACGAGAGCCAGCCCAAGAUUAAGCCUCGUAUCACAAAAAGCUGCUGGGAAUGCGGUAGCAAUUGUCACGACUGUAUUGAUCGUACACAGAGGCUCUGUAGAGGCUGCUGCGGUGGCUACUGCUUGGUUCACAACGAGGGGUCAACCUCAACUUUCGUAAGACCGCCUCUGAUGAACGGUAUCUCUUGUGGCUUGGCUAACAUUCACAGUGUGACUGUCCGAUCCCCGCAACCUCGUUGACGCGUUCAGAUCGCUAACUCUUUCGGUAGGGUGCUCGAGCCGUGGUCGCUUCUUGCGACACCUUUAAGGAGGUGUCAUCCGGGCGAAACGACAGACGCCGAUCGUCGGUCAAUCACCGCAACCCACGGGGCUUAAGACCAACUGAAGCUGAAGGCUAGUGGCACUCUCGGGAUUGAAAAAUUCCAUGACCUUUCUCAUACUUUCAUCAUCAGGCGCGGCAAAGCUCCGCUCCCAAGGGCUUCUCGUCAGCUUUGGAUCACGAUUUACAGCCUGUCUCGCAAGGCCAACUUGUGUACUGUUUGAUUUUCUGCAUGGGCUAUAUUCACAGAGCCGGCGAGCUCUCGUCACGUCACUAAGCGCUUUCAUCGUUUGUGAGAUACCCUUGAAGCAAAGCGUUUGAGGCGUUGAUUGCCAAUGGUUCAGCGGUAUAGACGACCUUUGACCUCAAUCCCAACUCUUUUACACCUGCUUGUUGUGUCCCGCUUCUAACCAGAUUGUGUUGUGAUGGUGAGACCCGAACAGGUGACGUCCACAGGCGGUUGUUUGGAUCUGACUGUAAUGCCCGUUUAUGGGCGAGAUGAUCACCAUCAUUGUGUUCCCGCAAGUGAGCCUCUUUUCUCGGGCUUUAGUCAGUCUCAGUCGUCCAUGUCGUCUCCUCGAUUCUUCCUCCUGCUGAUUCAAGUCAGAUCAAGUUCCGUGAUCGUCACCGAACGAUGUCUUCCUUCUCGACGCGAUAUGCCGUUAGGGAGAUGCUAGAGAUGCCUCCGCUACAUCGUUAUGUCACCCAGCUGAACAAUCUGGUCAUUUUCGGGAAUAGACAAUGUGUUUCACAGGCAUUUGGCAUGACAGUUUGCCUCAAACUUCAAUCGUCGUCACGAGCCACAAACCUCGGCCCAUCCGUUGAUGCUUCCAGAUGAGUUUGGUGAAAGUAUACAGGCCCUAGUGAGAUGUUGAACGCCUACCAUAGGCCUGGGCUGAUAGGCUGUAAGGUAGAUUCCGACCUCGGCCGUCACCUCGACUAUGAGCCUCUCUAAGAGCCAAACUUGAAUGCGCGCAAAGGUCAAGACCCUUCUGUCCGUAUCAUCCGAUGAGAUGAGAUGGUUCAAUGACCAAGUGGAAGAAUAGAGCUAUACGACAUCAUGGAAGUAGGGCCUUAUCGAGUAGCUGAAAAUUACGUAGGGGAAAGCUUGCUGUACAAGAUAGAAAAGCCGGCA